AUGUCGGUGUCGGGGGUAGAUUUCGGCAGUCUAUCCACGUACAUCGGCAUGGUGCGGGGCACCGGCAUCGAGAUGAUCACCAAUGAGCGGUCGAUGCGCAGCACCCCAAGCGCAGUUGCUUACGGGGCGCAGACGCGGCUGAUGGGGGCCGCCGCCCACGAGCAGGUCAGCACGAAUUUGAGGAACACCGUCCUCAACUUCAAGGAGUUGGUUGGCAGGGAUUUUUCGGAUCCGGUGGUGCAGCGGAUGAUGCCCUAUGUGUCUGCACGUGUUGUCAAGCUGCCCGAGGAAGGCGUCGGUGUUUUGGUCGGUCACCAUGACCGAGAACGGACGUUCACGAUCGAGCAAGUGCUGGCCGCCAUCUUCACCAAGGUCAGGGCGACAAUCCUCAAGCAUUUGCCGGUAGAACCUGCACAUGUUGACUGUGUCGUUGCGGUACCCGGUUACUACAAUCAAACGCAACGGCUGGCGGCUGACUGCAGCGCGCAGGCGGCUCGGCUUAACCCGAUCGGACUCAUCAACGAGACAACGGCAAUCGCAUUAUCGUACGGAGUUUCCCGAAAUCGUGAGCUGCCCACCUCCUCGGAGACUCCCCGAAACGUCGUUUUUGUGGAUGUCGGCCACACCAGCGCCCAGGCAACGAUAGCCCAAUUUUCGAGGGGAAAAUUAAAGAUCCUCGCCUACGCGUACGACCUUGAAGUGGGUGGGCUGUGGUUUGACGCGCGGAUACGACAGCACCUGGUCGAGCAGUUCAACGCCAAGUAUCUCGACGUCUUCACGGAGUACAAAGUGCUAGAGGAAUGCACGAGGGUUAAGAAGCUAAUGUCCGCCACGUCGAAGCCAAUUCCAAUGAAAUUGGAAGGGUUGCUGGACGGUGCUGAUUCUUCAGCGACGAUUUCUCGCCAAGAAUUCGAAAAGCUGGCGGCCGCGAUUUUCGAAAAAUUUGCCGAGAUGUUGCGGCGGCUUUUGAAAGAAGCGGAUGUCGAUGUUUCGGAUAUUUACGGCGUGGAGUUGCUUGGAGGCGCUUCUCGGAUACCCCGAAUUCAAGCAAUUUGCCGUGACGUCUUCGGACAGCCCCCAAAAUCGACGAUGAACCCUGAGGAGUCCGUGGCGAUGGGUGCAACACUGCGAUGUGCCAUGCUUUCUCCCCUCCAAAAAGUGCGCGAAUUCGAGAUCCGCGAGCGGCAACUCUACAAAAUAUCCAUCGUCUACGAGGGCCAAGGAGGAAUUCAUCUCGAAUCCGUCAUCUUCAACGAGGGCGACGAGAUCCCAGCCACACGAGAGAUGUCCUUCCGACGGGGCGACGAAUUCACGGUGCACGCCUUCAGCCACUUGACCGCCACGAAGGGACCUCAAAAGAUUGGCGAUUGGGAUAUCAAGAUGCCCACCAAUGAGCAACAGAAGGAUUAUCAGAUUUAUGGAACGCCUCUACACCUCUACGAGACGAAAGUAACUUUCGAGAUCGACGCGGAUGGGAUGUUCCAGGUGCAAAAAGCCGAGAUGAUGGCCCCGGCGGUGGAGGUUCCGUCGUCUUCACUGACGAAUACUCCGCUGAUGAACGGAAGCCUGCGGCCAGUUCAGACCGUCGAAGUAGAUGAACAAGCCGGCCCAUCGACCUCCAAAAAACCAGUGUUUCUUCCCAUCCACCUCCCCGUUCAGAACGACUCGCUGGCAUUUCCCAUUAAUGCGUACGGGCAGAUUGAGGCUAAUCUCCUGGCCGCUGACGAAAAACAUCGUGAAAAUCAGGAUGCGAGAAAUGCAGUGGAGGAAUAUGUCUAUGAGAUGAGGGCAAAGCUGAACAGGUCGCUAGGGUCGUGGAUUUCCAGUGAGGAAGUCACCUCUCUACUCCAAGAGCUCAACGAGGCCGAGAAAUGGCUUUCAGAAGUGGGAGAGGCGGGCGAGACGAGCGCGUACAAGCAACGGUUAGCUGAUCUGAAGAAGAUCAUGAGUCCCGCGUUAGCUAAAAAAGAAGAAAAGCAAGCCAUUACUCCUCCGCCUCCUCUGGAUGAGGAUUCU